UCUUGGUGCUCAGAAGUGCACCGCCCCUUCAAAGCUCUGUCCGAAGUCAUUGAGCGCACGCUGUCAGAAGCAGCUGAUCGCAAACGUGAGAGAGUAGAGUCAUACGUUAGCAUCUUGCUACCUACCAACAAUGGCAUCGGAAGAGCUGGCCAAGAAAUUACAGCGCAGACUAGCAGCAGAUCAGUCGGCACCCACGGACCUGUGUGUACUAGAUGACCGGACAAAACCGAGUCAGGGAGAAGAGCAGGAAAAUACGGUAGUUAUAAAUGGCAGUGCCACAUCUGAACUCACAGCAAAACUCACAAGAAGACUGGAUAUCAACGAGGGCAACGCGGAGCCGAAACAAACGAAGAUUUUUAACCCUUACACAGAAUUUAAAGAAUUCUCGAGGAAACAAAUCAAAGACAUGGAGAAAAUGUUUAAACGGUAUGACUCUGGGAAGGACGGCUUUAUUGACCUGAUGGAGCUGAAGAUGAUGAUGGAGAAGCUGGGGGCUCCACAGACCCACUUGGCCCUGAAGAACAUGAUCAAGGAGGUGGACGAGGACUUUGAUGACAAACUCAGCUUCAGAGAGUUCUUGAUCAUUUUCCGGAGGGCGGCUGCGGGAGAGUUGCAGGAGGAGAGUGGGCUGCUGAUGCUGGCGAGGCUGUCUGAGAUUGAUGUGUCCACUGAGGGAGUGCUGGGGGCUCGAGACUUCUUCGAGGCCAAGAUGCAGGCUUUAUCGGUGAGCAGCAGGUUUGAGGCAGAAAUCCGGCAGGAGCAGGAGGAGAGGAAGCACCAGGAGCUGGAGAGAAAGCGGCGCCGUGCCGCUUUCAAAGAACUGCAGUCCACUUUCUGCCCCUGAUCCCCUGCCCCUGCCCCUGCCCCUGUCCCUGUCCCUCUCACUGCCCCCGCCCCCGCCCCCGCCCCUGCCCCUGCCGGCGUGACCCUCUCCAAGAAAUAAAAGUGACCAGCUUAUCCCUGCGUUCAGCCUGCAGGACCACGGCCCCCACGUCUGGUGCCUUCACUGGCGUGAAUACUUCUGCUCCCGAAAUCACAUCCGUCACAUUGUUGGCUGGGAAAGGAGUGGGGGGUGCGGUCAGCCCUCACUCCUUCCCAGGAUGUAUGAUGAGUGCCUGUGUAUUAUUGUACAGUGUUACAGUUGCCAUUUUCUUGGUAUUUAAUAUGAUAAUAAUAUUGUGUUAUUAAUGUUGUUGUUUUUUUUAGCUCCUGAUAUAAGUAAUCACGACAGCAUAUUAUUUUUAAUGUUUGUGUAGAAUUGAAAUAAUUAAAAUGAUGUAUUUUCAUGAAUAAAAUUUAAUCAUAAUUUAAUCAAAA